CGGUUGCGUAAUGUGUAGGCUGCGUGUUGCUGUUGCGUUCUCCGGCUGGGUUGUUGGGGCACAAGAAAGGACAGUUGGACGUGAAGAGAGAUGCGGCGGUCAGUCGGCGGGAGGGGGGCGUCACCCUCUCUCUCCAGUCCUCCUCGCGAGCUCACUGUCGAGCCGGUUGCUUGCAGCAGCGCAGACCCGAGCGUGAAUUCACUUUCCUCUUCGUCUUCAUCCAAUAAUCAUCGGUGGGCUAUGGACACUUGUCCCGCAGCUAGCGCAUCCUAACCGGUGUCGUGGCGCAGAGUAGCAACCAGCAGAAGCCCAGUGUGACGAUGGUGUAACAGCAGGAGACACUGCUAACUACUAAGGCCAUGGCUUCCAUACCACUCCUUUUAGUAAGCUUCCUCAUCUCCUCCCUCCAUCCAUCCGAUGCUCAGGUCAUUAUUGGCACAUCGCCCUCCUUCUCUCCUCUGGAUCUUCCUGAAGACUCUCAACCCACCAAGCAGACAGAUGGAUCCCGGUCUUCUUUGCCUCCCAGCGGACGCACUGCCGUGCCAGCUAAGGUUACAGCGCAGGGUCGGAUGACAACAACAAAUGCAGAGCAGCAAGAGCCGAGAAUACACUCGACUACGUCAACCCUUUCUUCUCAGACGCGGAGCCGUGGAGGAAACAUGAGUUGGCCAAGAGUUACCCGGCCCAAGAUUGACUCAAGUACACCGCCACUACAUGGGACGUUGGAGAAGGAAAAAGAGUUGGCGACAUCUGUGCUUACUUUACCCUCCGGUGACAAACCUGUAACAGCUAGCAGUCUACUUAAAGAGACGAAUGAUUUGCAGGGACUCGGAUCAGGUAGUGCAACACUGAUCCUUGAAAAGGAGGAAUUGCUCGCUCCUGUGCCAUCGACUACUGAUAAAUUGACAGAGGAUCAACCACAAGCACGGACUAAAAUAGCUGAUAUGCACAAUUCAUCAGUGGACACUCGGGCUAUGGAGCCUCAAGUGUCGGCACUGACAACACAAACUGUAUCACGAGCUAUGCCGUCUCCAGGAGCAACACAUGCCACUCCUCCUGCCGUUGUAUCAACAGGUGAUUUGACACUUGCCAUUGGCAGACAAAAUGAGUCUGAGGCUGCAGUGACUUUAAACCGACCCUCCACUGUCACCACAAUCGGCUCUACUGGCAAACAACCACAGACUACCAGACAGCCGGUCAUCAAUCAAAGCAAGAAGAUUCCACUUCCAAAAAUCAUGACAGAGAAAAUAGCUGUAACAACUGCAGUUAAUAUGCCUCUUACUACUGAGUUGGAUCAGAAAACACCAAGCAAAGCUACAAAUAAACACAACAAAACUGCACAUUUGGAGAGAAACAGAACAAGGACAACUGUGCAAGCAACAUCAACAGCUAACCUGUCAUUCCUGACUACCAGUGUUGCACCAGUCAGCCAAACAAGCUUCAUUGAUCAGAAGAAUGGCUCCAUCUUGUUAGCGGAUCCUUAUCAAGCUUCAAAGUCGUCCCCUACUGCUAACGCUAAGCCUUCCCCAAAUAGAAGCCUUAUCUACUGGGGUGACCUGAGCAGGAAUCUGACUUUUGCGUGGGAGCUGCAUGUCUACGGGUCAGCAACCCUUUUCCUGCUUUUGUUUGCUGGGUCUGCUCUCGGGAUCAUCUUGUCCCCGGGUUCAAACUGUCCUCAUCGAGGGGCUCUUUCUCUGGCCAACGCCCUGUUGUUUUUGGUCGGAGGACUGAGGGCCUCUCUCUUUCUGAUUGAUCCCUACGGGACACAGAAAAUCCUCCCACGUUCGGCAGUCGCGGCCAUUUACAAUUUGCCGCUACACUUGCUGGUGUGGACGCAUGCUGCCGUGGCCCUGCUGGCCCUGAGGGUGGCCGGAGUGACAGUUUUACCUCCAACGUUGGAGCGUCCUCCCCUGGUGGCCGUGUUGGCUGUCUUGCAGUGCACUCUGUUGCUGGCAGCAGAUCUGCUUUCGCCAGCUCUGUCACCCGUGGUACCUGUCACCCUCCAGGUUCUUUCCCUGUGCUGGGGUCUGGGUCUGUGUCUCGGAUUCCUCUUCCAUGUCUUUCCGCGAAUACGUUGCCCUCCCAUUCCUCACUCUGGAGUCGCUGAAGAGGCCAGGAGAAAGGCUUGGACAGGUAGCAGGAGAGAAGGGAUGGUUCUUGGAAAGGUGCUGGCGGUUUGUGCGGUUGUUGGAGCGCUGUGCUGUGGACUACAUGUUCAUGCCACCCUUUGGCUCUAUGGACUUCUUGGGGACUGGAUGAGCUUCAACUGGGGCUGGUGGCUUGUCCAUUUCUGGGCCAGACUCCUGGAGCUGACCUGGGGAUUAUGCCUGCUUCUCUCGACCUCGUGGGUGUUCUGGAGGCCUCAGUGUUGCAGAGGAAGAAAUGAGGGAGGAACAGGAGAAGGAAGAAUAACAGGAGACGUGCCGUCGCCUGGCCAUUCUGGAGGCUCCUCUCAUAGACACACAUGCUGGUCCAAGAUCGUCCAGAGUCUGACCGGGAAACCUUGCAGAAAGUCUGAUAGUAACGGUGUUGCAGCAGGAGGUCAAGCAGAGGUGCCCAACAAUUGGGCUGGCCAAGAACGUUCUGGAGUUGACAUCACCAAGAGUCUCAUCAGGAACCAUAAUCAUGAUCAAGCCGCUGCCCAACCGCAGUGCGUCAAAGAUAGCAACCGAAUACGCAACCACAGAGGCCGUUCUGCAGAACGCGGCAUAUCUGAUAGCUCCGCGAGCUCCCUGCUGAGACUGCAGGCGCUCGGACUGACACCACAGCGCUCAGUCAGUGGAAGUCUGGAGCCGGAUAGGGACACCUCUCUCUCUACGUGCGAGUUUGAUCUUCGGCCCCCGUCUCCCAUUAACCUCACCCGCAGCAUUGAUGAGGCCCUGCACCGAGAACACCUACUCGAAGGGGGUAGUUUAUUUCAUCCCUUUAACCAAACGUCGCAAUCUCCCUCCCCCGGAUCUGGAGUCAGUCCGGGGCUCUGGCUGCGCAGAAACAGUGACCCUCAGUUUUCGGAAAGCAGUGAGGUUCCGACGGAGUCCUCCAUGCCUCUGGGGGGCAGCGUUCUCAGCAGUGUCCCAAGCCGGCAGGUGACUGCCCCACCCACACCGUCCCACCAGGGUCACAGGUGGCCCGGUAAUGAAGCAGGAAAUGUCCCCUCGUCGGUGUCAUGCCCUGUGUCAUUUCACCCCACCAGGACAUCAACGGGAUAUCUGGGGGAAGAUAGAGUGGAUGACACACGACCCUUCAUCACACCGGACUCUGAGCGAGGGCGGGGGAUGGCUACAAAGCCCGUCGGUUCAGGCAGUUACCUGGAAGUCAGCCGACAUGACGACUCUGCCAGUGUGAGCAGUGAAAUUAUUGAUUUAUGAAACAAAUCUUAGGCUUGAGGACCAGGGGCUUACAUAGAUCAAACGCACCAUUAAAGAUCCAACAGAUACAGACACAAAAAAUAUGUCUUAAAUUGAACUAUAAAGAAUCCAUCCAAGCCUUCAGUUUCUGUAGUGCUUAUUCACACUAGGCUAUCGGGUUAGUUAGACCCUAUCCAAGCAUACUUGUUGCCAGCCAAUCGCAGAGCGCAUAUCAACAAACAAGCAUUCACACAACUAUGGACAAUUUAGAAUCGUCAAAGAAUCACACAUGUAUGUUUUUAGGAUGUGGGAGAAAAUCCACACAAAUGCCAAUAUCACUAAUACCUGCCAGCACGGCGGCGUAAAAAAAAAAAUCAAUCACAUGAUAUCCGCAAGAGUAUAGGAAGGCAGGAACCGAGAUUUGAACCCCAAACCUCAGAACUAUGAAACAAAUUUGCUUACCAGUAGACCACCAUGCGAUCAAACAAUAAAAGCUAAAAGGCGGUCACAUUUUUCUUCUUGUUAAAAAAAAAAGUGGAAAAUUUUUACUUGGUCUAUGAACUUGUGAAGAAGCAACACAAUCCAAAAAAUGCAUAUAGGGUGUCUCAAGACAUUUGACAUCAUUUAAAAAGCAAUUAUCUUGAAAACUACAAAGUUGAACAGUUUAGGUGUCAAUCAGCAUAACGUUAUUCUGAGAGUGAUUUCAAGUGUUCACUCUGUGCAGCGGAUGGGACACGGCACGGUAGUUAAAUUCUUGUUCAAUUCACGCUGCAACAUGUCUUGGGCCGAUGGCAUUAUGCAAUGCCAGAGUUCAUCAGUAUUUGCAGGAAGAGGGGAGACGUAGACCUGUUUAAAUAAAUCAUUCUUAUAAAAUCGUGUUCUGUUUCUCUACAAUCUGAAGAAAACUGAGGUCAUUUCAACAUGUUUGGCCAAAAUUAUUGACCUGCGAAUUGAUGUGGAAAUUUUUCUGACUCCCUGUUUAUCAUGGAACAUACAUAUACAUACAUUCCGGUUCUCGGGAUGGUUGCUGAGUAGGUGGCUGCUGCUUUCAGUAUCCGAGUAAAAUCUAACUAGAUCAUCAAAUGGUGGCCUGGUAACAUCACUAAACAUCAGAAUUGUUGCUGGUGAAAGACAAAGUGUGUUUUUGUUUCGGUGUGUACAUCAACAACAGUGACUUAUUUUAUUUGUUCAUGUGGUUCUGAGAAUUUUCAUUUCAAUUUUCCUCCGUCAUGUAAAAAUGUGCCAUACAUGAUUUGACUUUGUUCUGUGCUUGUAAUGGUUGCGUCUACCUGCAGCCUAUUAUCUUGAAUAUGGUGACUCAUCAACUAUUUAUAAGCUCUUAAUAUGCUGCCGCUUGGCCCAGGUACUUUGGAACUGAUGACACAUUGUAGUAGUAAACUACAACCGCAGUCACUCAGUACAUACUUAUAUGUGCUUAACUGUAGUUGAUUGUCAAUAUUGGUUCACGUCAAUUGCAUUAUACAUAAAUUAAAUAGAGAUAUUGAACUUCAACCUGCCACAGGUUUCCAGGACUGCGCCAAGAAACAACGUCCGGCUUGGCAUGAACUCACGAACACAGCACUUCACUGUUCAGCAAAGCACGAGACUGAAGUAUUUUAUUACUCUCGAUAGAAGUAUCUUUCAAAUAUAUUAUAUAGAAGCAACAAUGUAAAUACUUUUUUGUUUUUAUGUUCCAGAUAUUUUUGAAACAGUCACAUUUGUCACUGUGAAAGACAAUCGAAAAUGCUUUUUGCUGACUGUGCCGUCUUGUUGUUUUGAUAUCAGCGGCGCUGAGGAUUGAAAUAUCGAUGCGAGUAUUGCAAAAAUAUUUAGAUUCUCUUUGAAAAUAAUACUAGAAAACAAAUAUUUUUUUAAAGUAAAAAUACUCCAAGUGUACAGGGUGGAUUUUGACGGAGCAUGUGCAAUUGCUGGUUUGCAGCACAAGACAUCCAUAAAUCAUGAUGCAUUUACUUUAUUAGACUGCAGGCAGGAUUUCCAGAAGUGGCCAAGGCCUUUAUUCAUGUCUCAGAGCAUGACAGGAUGACGUCCAGUUUUCAGAGUGAUGCUUAAGUUGUUUAGUGAUUUUUGUCCAAUGACCUCGUGUUGUGCUCUACAUUCCAGUGAAUUCCAGACCAGAGUGAAA